CCAACCGAGGUUUGGUAGGAAGAAGCCACUGAGUUUCCAUCCAAUAAUAAUCCCAGGAGAGCAUGAGGUCGACCUGGAGCACGGAGGAAAAUCUGACCGUCAGAAGGAGCCGUUCAGCGGACGCUCGGUGGAUCCAGAAGCUGAUUGGGUCAUCUGAUCAGGCUGUCUUCGGGAGGAUCAAUGUCAAUGAUCUGCUGGAGAAGGCCAACCUUUCCCUGACGGUGGGCGGCCAGUCGGGCGACGUUGUGGCUCACGCCUCCUUCAGCGACCUCCCCCCCGCCGCCGCCGCCGCCGUGGUCAGCCACGAUGCCUGGGAGGCCUUCCUGCGCUCACACUGGCCCGCCGCCAGAUGCACUCCGCUGAACUCUCUGUUCCUGCAUUUGUUCGUGUCUGAGCCCAGAGUGGCUGGAUCCAGCCUGGAGAAGAUCCUCAGAACCGCCUUCAGCAUCACUUCGGACCUGGAGCACGUCCUGCUGCUCUGCCCGGACCAGUGUCCUCUAGAACCGGUUCUGGAGGAGACGUUCCAGCUGCUGCAGUGGGAAGCCGACAGCGAGGCGCCGUGUUCGGCUCGGAUCUGCAGACGGGAGGAUCACUGCAAGCGGCUGCACGUCCGCCGAGCCCGGGUUGCAGAUUACGAUGACAUCAUGAUGAUCGUGAACAAGCAGACGACAGAGUGCUCCAUCCCUCUGCAGCCCUACGCUCUGAUAGACGUCAUCGAGUACCAGCACCAGAGGAGCCAUGCUGCCGUCCUCCAGGAUGAAGGACGUGUCGUUGGCUUCGUCGCUGCCACCUCGUCUCCUAACGACCAGAAACUUCUGGAGCAUUUUAACCUCAGGGAGUUUGAUGGAUUCUACAAACACAAAGUACCAGAGAAGGAGGAAGAGGUGGAGGAGGAAGGAGAACCGAGCCACCAGACUCCCAGGAAGUCCAACUCCUUCUGCAUUCAGCACUUCAUAUCCGACGAGGACCACCAGACCCGAUCAACAGACGGUCUGCCAUACAUGUUCCUGCACUUCCUGGACCUGGAAUAUUGCCUGAUCUUCGUUCCGUCUGCAAGUCCAGAGUCGCCGUGGUUACAGAACUUUGUUCUGGUGCGGUCCCGUCCUAGCAGCCUGCAACUCACCAGCCUCUACAUCACCCAUAGAUCCAGGUUCAGGACUGUGGAUGUGAGGCAGGCAGUGCCUGAAGACAGAGAAGCUGUUUCUGAUCUGCUGAACAGUUUGAAUCUCACCUGUUCGGUUCUGGAGGAUCUGGACUCUUUCUACCGGACCCACAGCGACCCGGAUGGUGUUCCUCUGCAGGCCUUCGUGGUUGUGGUGGAGCGGCAGCUGGUCGGCGUGACGAUCAUCAGGGACGAACAGGACGUGGAGUACCUCCGAGCUCGCUACGACAUCGACAGCUUCAUCAGCUUUGGUCGCCAUGGCUACCAGGAGCACGCUCACAUGCUGCACUUCCUGCUGAAGCCCUGCUGCUACCAUGUGACCCGGCACUGGCUGAAGGAGGUGCUGCGGCUGGCCCAACGGUCCUGCCUGUACCACCGGGCCUACUCACCGCUGCUGGGAGAGCAGACCUCCUGCUUCCACCCUCUGGAGUUCAUCCUGAACUGCUCGGUGCCGGUCCGGCCUCGCCAGCAGGUGGAGUACCCACUGCAGGAGCUCGGCAUCAACGCCCCGUCCCGCAGGAUCACAGAGGAACAGGCGCCGUUCGCGCUCAGCCUGAUCAGUAGGAAGUUGACCUUGGAGCUGAAGGUCAGGGUGAACGCCAGCAUCGUGGUGGUGGGGGCUUCAGACACCGGCCUGUCCCUGCUGGAGGAGCUCAGCUUCAGCUCUCAUCUGCGGUUCAACAAUCUCACCCUCAUCUCCACUCACGGUUUCCCUGGAAACUACGACCAUGAGGAUGUCGGCUUCCUGUCCACCAGCCACGUCUUCAGCAGCAGAGACCUGGCCCAGACCUUCUUGCUGUCCUGCACCCGCGUGGUGGAGGGGAAGAUUGUGAGGAUCGACAGGAAAUCCAAAUACGUCCUGGUGUCAGAUGGGCAGAAGGUGGCCUACGACUUCCUGGUCCUCUGUACAGGCCUGCAGUACCGGCUUCCCUGCCCCACCGGAGUUGAUGUUUCCCAGCCGGUCACCAACAGCCAGCUGGAUCCUGAUUGGUUCUGCCGCAGAUACACGGGGCCCGUCCCCGCCAACCUGCUGACCAUCAGCGACCUCCAUGACGGCGUUGCCGCCCGCCGCUGGUUGCAGGAGAACUUUGUGGACCUGCAGGAUAACGCCGUUGUCUACGGAAACACCCUGGACGCCUACGUCACCGUUCAGACCCUGCUCUCCCUCGGUGUCCAGGGAUCCCGGAUCCACCUGGUCCUGCCACCCCCUGCGACCCGCCCCGCCCCUUUCUCGGACAGGGCCGUGGACAGAGCCGUGGCGGCGGCCAUGAUGGGCGCCGAGGUUCAGGUCCAUCAGAAUUGCGUCCUGGCUCAGAUAAACAACGGCGAGCAUCCCGAUCCCAUCGCCUGCGUCUCCUUCACCAGCGACUCUGAGCCGCUCAGGCUGCAGUGUGGAGUGUUCCUCAACCUGUCCAGUGAGGGAGUGGACUAUGACUGCUUCCACAGCAUCAGUGGCUGCUUCCUGCCCUUCGAUGGCCGCCUUGUGAUUAACAGCCGCUUCCUGACAAGCGACGCCUCCAUCUACGGCGCCGGCCCGCUCACCAGGUUCUCCUGCAGCUACUACGCAGACGAAUGGUCGCACGCCAACUUCAGCUCCCGAGACGUGGGCCGCAACGUGGCGGCGGUGCUGCUGGAGCAGCUGGACCCGAACCGGGAGGCACCGGUCGACCCGCCCUCCGAGCCCGAGAUGCUCAUCCCGCUCUACAGUCGGCCCAGGAUCCGAGGAGCAACUCUUCCUGGUGGAUUUCACUUCCUGCAUGUGACCAAACCCAGUCCCAGCCUCCAGACCAGCCGUCGUUUCCAGUUGGAUGAAGUGAUCGUGACGGGAGCAGCGCAGAGCGGGGACUACUUCCGGCUCCAGCUGAGCGCCCUGCAGCUGGUGGAGAGCCUCACCUGUCUGUGCCUGAAGCCCCUCCCAGUGGGGAACUACCUGACCCUGUUCGGCCGGCACCAGGAGCUGCUGGGCCAGCUGCUGGACCGGUACCGCCUGGGCCUGGUGCCCGACCUCUACAGUUUCUUCACACAGAGGGGCUGUCUGCCCAUUUUCCACGACCGCUUCCCAGACCUCCACCAGAGGGCGCUGCAGCUGCUGACCCACCGACUCAAGCGCGGCGGGGACCUGGAGUCCCUCAGCCUCCAUCGGCCAAUCAGGAUGGACCCAGAGACCCGGGCCGCUCUGAGGAACCGAGCGCUGGCCUUCCUGGUGGACAACCAGAACCUGCUGCCCAUGUUCUACAUCCCGGAGCGACCCGCACCCUUUGGACACUCUGGGCACUCCCCGGGACACUACGGACACUUCAGACACAGCGACCACUCCGGACCAUCUGAACCGUCCGGACCUUCGGCUCAGAUCUGACCUUCCUGGUUUCACUGGAACUAUUCUCACCUAAAGGCUCAAUAAAAAGCUGUGACCUUUGA